CGACGUGUGUCGUACGCCUGACUCUCUCGGCUCACGUCCUCCGUGCUGCAACACCUCGCACUUCAACUAUCCUCCACUUUCAACUGAAAAGGUCAUACCACUAGCACAGCACAUCUUGCUCGUCUAGAUCUCUCUCACCAUCCCUCACUUGCACAUAUCACUAUCACUACAAUCUCACAAUGGAUAUUCGAAGGAAGCUGGUCAUCUGUGGUGACGGUGCCUGUGGAAAGACUUGCCUGCUGAUCGUGUUCUCGAGGGGUACCUUCCCAGAGCUCUACGUCCCCACCGUCUUCGAAAACUACGUCGCUGACGUCGAAGUUGAUGGCAAGCACGUCGAGCUGGCACUAUGGGAUACCGCCGGUCAGGAAGACUACGACCGUCUGCGACCUCUGUCAUACCCAGACUCCCACGUGAUUCUGAUCUGCUUCGCAAUCGACUCGCCCGACUCGUUGGACAACGUCCAAGAAAAGUGGAUCUCUGAGGUCCUGCACUUCUGCCAGAACCUGCCCAUCAUCUUGGUGGGUUGCAAGAAGGAUCUUCGACGAGACCCCAAGAUCAUCGACGAGCUCCGCAAGACGUCUCAACGACCCGUCUCGCCCGAAGAGGGUAUGGCCGUCGCACAGAAGAUCGGUGCCGCUCGCUACCUCGAGUGCAGUGCAAAGACCGGAGAGGGAGUCAGGGAAGUCUUUGAGCACGCCACCAGGGCCGCUCUGCUCAGCAAGGGAUCGAAGAAGAGGAGUGGUGGAAAGUGCAUCGUGCUCUAGAUGGACUGUUGGCUACUGGAUGCGAGUCCGAGUGUCGUUAGUGCGUGGCCGUGCUGGAGCAAGUGGGGGUGUGAGGGCGAGGGCGUAGGAGGGAGUAAGCAUUGCAGGAGGCUCGUGUGGAGGAUCGGUCAAAGUCAAGAGUCAGGGCGAAGGAAUCCAGGGGUGCCACCAUCAGACGCCCCCUUGUCAGAAGUAGGCACAGAGAGAUGGCAAGAUGGAGAGCGAU